AUGACAUCGAUCGUGACAGACAUUGCGGGAAGAGUUGUGAGCACCAUUAGCGCAGUAGGAUCAUUCUACACGGAAAUCAAUCCAUCAACACUAUCAGGAGCCAUUGAUGUCGUAGUGGUAGAGCAAGAGUCUGGAGAGCUGGUUUGCUCGCCUUUUCAUGUUCGUUUUGGAAAACUUAAGCUGCUACGACCCUCUGAGAAAGUGGUUGAGCUGUCUGUCAAUGGCGUUCCUACACACUUUGCCAUGAAACUGGGCGAGGCUGGUGAAGCCUUUUUUGUAGUCAAGUCUGAAAAUCCUGUGCCUUCUGAAUAUGCAACUUCACCCAUUCCAACUCCAUCUUCACCGCCUGAUGUGGGCAGCGACACAUUUUAUUUGGAUCCACGAUCCACUUCUUCAAGUAAUGCAUUGCAAGAUGUACCAUCAGUCACUUCUAUUCCAGCCCUUACUAUAAAGGAUCCUCUUGAAUCUAACAAAACACCUGAACAUUCAGCAGUAUCAAAUAUUUCAUUAGGAAUGGCAUCACAACCCUCUGCAGCCAAACAUGGCGCACUUCAGACAGAUACAGCAUCGAUUUCUAUUACUUCUCCAAAACCCAGUGUUGAACUGAUACGUGAAUCUGCUGAAUUGACUUUUCCUAAAUUACCUACAGCAAAAUCAUCCGAGAUGGGACCAAAAAGCUCACCCAUCUCAUUAUUUACCUCGGAGACCAAAGGAGUACAGCAUGUGGAUAUUCCUCAUACAGCUACACAUGAUCAUACCUUGAAAGUCAAGGAUGUAUCCGUGUCCCCGCCUUGCUGUGAUCAUUUCAGUGAUGUUGGGGCCGAGUAUGACACUUCACGAGCAAUCAUGGGCAUAUCACCUUCUAAUGGAUGGAGUUGGAGUUGGGGAGAUCUUCCUGAAAAACGACCCGAACAGAUUGCAUGGGGAAAAGUCAAUGCCACUGACUCUGUAUUGAGCAGAGUUGAUAGUCUUGAAACAUCUCAAAUACUAGAACCAUUUGUUGCUGGUGAAGAGCAUUUGCAUGUUCGUGCCAGUAUUCCGGUUUUAAAAUCGACAUAUUAUAGUCGAAAUGAUAGAUCUGCUGUACCUACUGUCGCCUCAAAUGAUGCCACCGCCCCGAUUUCUAUUCCUUACAUGAGCGGAUCUGAAAAGGUUGAUCAGUAUCUUGCUAGCCUCCCCAACCCCAUUGAAAACUCUCCUCCUCUCAAUCCACCAUUUCUCCAAGAUGCUACUGGUAAGAUUGGUGACGAAGCCAUGUUGGCGUCACUUGUAGCAGCGUUGCAAAUUACCGACAAAAAUUCGCACAAGCCCACUGAUGUUUCUCAGAACGACAGCAGCACACCAUCAUCUAGUCCAAAAACUGUCACUACAAUGCAAAUGAAGGAGCCAUUAGCAGCAAGCUUUAUUCCUCGCGUUGAAAUGUCCAUGUGUGGUAACAUUAAAGAUUUACAGGCCAUUACUCCGGCAGCAGCCGAUGCUAUUUUCAGGAAGCACGCUGUUUCGUUUGACCUUUUUAAUACCAACCCAAAUGUAUUGCUGGAUCCACUGGCUGUAUUCCAGCUUCAUGGGUUGUAUUUUACUUGGUCUACUAUUGCACCACUUAUUAUGGCCAACGCUAUGUUUGGUAAACCUUUGACUGAGGAAGGAUUGAAAAAAGUCAUUUUUGAUGAAAAACCAUUGUCGUCUGUUGCAUCCAAUGCACAACGCAAUGCUACUUCGACUGGAAGGUGGUCUUGGUGGGGUCGAGGUGCUGCAUCUACACCAACAGUUGGAGCGGUUCAAAAUGUUUCCGGAGUAGAUACGAAGCGUUCGAAUUAUGCUUCAGAAAAAUCACGUUUGGCAGUAGAUGGGAAUUCAGUUCGGUCUACAUCACCUACAUCCGAGCCUGCCUUAUCACCCAAUACUCGUGCACAUGAUGACAAGUACCGAUACGCAAAAAGCAUGCGAUUGACGUCAAACCAACUCAAAUCACUCAAUCUCAAACAAGGUAUUAAUACUAUUACUUUCAAAGUGAACUCGAAACUACAAGGUGAAGCUGUAUGUACAUCCAAUCUUUUCCUUUGGCACCAAAACGACAAGGUGGUGAUAUCUGAUGUGGAUGGGACCAUUACCAAGUCGGAUGUAUUGGGACAUAUGUUUACCAUGGUUGGACGGGAUUGGACGCAUGCUGGAGUAGCCAGUCUGUAUACCAAUAUCCGUCGUAAUGGGUACAAAUUUUUAUAUCUGACAUCAAGAGCAAUUGGUCAAGCCAACUACACUCGAGACUACCUUAAAAAAGUGGAGCAGGAUCGAUUCCAACUUCCCGAAGGUCCAGUCAUUAUGUCACCAGAUCGACUUUUACGUGCAUUCCAUCGCGAAGUCAUUCUUCGCAAGCCAGAAGAGUUUAAAAUUGCUUGUCUGCGAGAUAUCAAGCGUCUAUUUGGAGAUCGAACCCCUUUUUAUGGCGGAUUUGGAAACCGAAUUACCGAUGCUCUGUCGUACCGCAGUGUUGAUGUACCCCAGUCUAGAAUUUUUACUGUGGAUCCCACUGGUGAGGUCAAACUGGAACUUAUGUCCAACUACAGAUCAUCUUAUUUGAAGUUACUAGACAUUGUUGAUCAAAUGUUUCCUCCGUUGACCAAGUCAUUGGAGAGUGAGUAUAUGGAUUGGAGUUUUUGGAAGAACGACAUAUCACACGUGCAGAUUGAUAUACCUGGUAUAGCAGGCAAGCCAGGAGCUACUUCGCAAGAGUUGGAAGAUGAUCAUCACGAAUAUGAAAAUAGCGAUAAUGAUGAAAAUCCAGAUGACGAUGAUUUGGAAAGGGAACAUAUGGAACUUGACGAGGAUGGCAGGAGGGAAAUGCUUGGACGCCAUGGCAGUAAACUGCAGGAUCAGCACGACCAAGAAAUGAUACUAACUCAUCAAGAGAGCGAGCUAUUGAACGCAGUCAAAAAUACUCCGUUUUAAGACUUAUCACGUCGAUCUCCACAUUGUGAUUUAGUAAUUGAAAUAAAAACUCGAUGCAUU